AUGAGUUUAGAAUUGUUACCCAAUGAAAUCUUAUUGGAUAUAUUCAAUUAUUUCAAUGGUGUUGAACUUCUUCGUAUAUUUUAUGGUCUCAACACACGAUUGAAUUUCCUUCUUCACGAUCGAUUUUUAAAUUGUUCUUUCAAAUUUAAUUCUGUAUCAAAACAUGAUUUUGAUAUAAUCUGUCAACAGUAUCUACCAACAAUGGCAGAUUAUAUAAUUACUCUUGAUCUUACUGACAAUGAUGACACUCCAACAGAAAUUGAACUAUUUCUUUCUUAUAGUCCAUCAUUCAAACAAUUUAUACAUUUACGAUCUCUAUCACUAUUUAAUCUUCGUUCAUAUCCAACAUUGAUGAAAAUUCUUGAAGAAUGUCAUCAUCUUUGUAAUCUGACUCAUUUAGGACUCUUCCAUUGUUAUCAAGAUGGUCAAAUUGAUUUUCAAUUAAUUGUUAAUCAUAUUUGGAGUCUACCAAAACUUACUCAUUGUACGAUUGGUAUUGGAGUUACAGGAUUAUGCUUCUUUCGUACACCGACAAAUACUUCCUUAUCACUCGAAUAUGUAUCUAUAGAAAGAAUUCAAGUUAAAUUGGAUCAAAUAAAUCGAUUGUUUGAAUAUACACCAGCUCUGAAAUGUCUUUCAAUAUCUGUAGUGUCCUUUGUCGAUAGUGAUUAUAUUCCUUCUCCUCUUCCAACCUUAAUUGAUUUGAGUAUAAGUUCUUGUUUUACGUGUAAUGCAUCGAACAUGGUUAUUUUAUUACAAAAUACGCCUAAUUUACAUCGUUUAAAUAUUGAUUUAUCGUCUGAAAUUGUCGAUGGUAAUCGAUGGGAGGAAAUCAUUCGUAAUUACUUGCCUAAUCUUCAAAUCUUUCAAUUGAAAAUGAAAAUUACAUUGUCUCCGAGACAAAAUAUACAAGAAAGAGUCGAUAAUUUAAUUAAUUCAUUUCAAACUUCAUUUUGGAUCGAUGAACAUCAAUGGUAUGUCCGCUGUCUUACAUGGAAUAGAACGAUUUAUCUAUACACAUUAUCUAAUUGUUACGAAGAAAAUCUACCCGUCUCGUAUAAAUCGACAUGUCUUGAUGAUGACCAACAAGAUUUUUAUAAUAGUAUAACUAAAAUAAUCUCAUCGACAUUUUUUGAUCAACCGAUUCCAUCAUACAUUCGUUUAUCUAAAAUUACUGAUCUUUGUAUAAAUCUUCCUAUAAAUGAUCAAUUCUGGUCAAUUGUUUCAAAUUUCAAUCGUUUGAAGUCACUUAAAAUACUAUUUCAUACUAAUGCUUUUCAAUCUCAAGUACAAGCAUUACUUAAUCGAACACCUCAUCUGGUCAGACUAAGCAUUAAUCAACAUGAAUCAAUACCUUUGCAAACAUCGUUAUUCAAAUAUAGAAAUUUAUCCAUUCAUGAACUCGACUUACGAAACAUUAAUCAUUAUUUCAAUGAAGAAGACUGUAUUACAUUGAGUCGUUCACCAUUGGGUGUUCAGUGUGAAAAGCUUUCUAUUUUGAUUUAUAAUCGUGAAAGUAUUAUUUCUCUCAUCGAGAACAUGCUCAAACUUCGAGCAUUAAAUGUUCGAUGUAAAAAUGAAAAGUAUAUUGAACAAUCAAAAUUAAACGAAGACAAUGAUGUUGAAUAUUUUGAUGAGAAUAUACAAUGGUUAAAAGAUCAUUUAUCAUCAACAUGCACGGUUGUCAGAGAUCCAAAACUUACAUGUAAUAUUCUAAUAUGGAUUUAA